AUGUCUGAAACUCAAGCGGAUGGUCCUAUCGACACACAUACAAUUGAUGAUGUUGACACAAAUGAUUUGUUAGAAUCAUCUGAAACUGAAGAAAUAAACAAUGUGAAUGUCGAAUGUGAUGAAGAUAAAAGUACUGAGGAAAGUAUAUUGGGAAAUGUUUUCGAUACGCCCAAAGAUGCAUAUACUUUUUAUAAUGAUUAUGCAUUUUUACAUGGAUUUGGUAUACGUAUCCAUCACAAAUAUAAAAAUAAGACAACAAAUGAACCUUACCGGAGGAUAUAUGUAUGCAACAAAGAAGGUUUCAAAAGAUUGAACGAUAAUACUUCAAGCGGAAAUAAGAAAAAACGUCGUAGAGAUGUAAGAAUUGGUUGCAAAGCAAUGCUUCGAAUUUCAAAACAAAAAGACGAAAAAUGGUUUGUGGAUAUGUUUAACGAUACACACAAUCACGAUUUGAGCAUGACACCAACGAAGGUAAUGAAGCAUAGAUCUCAUGGGAAGUUUCACCGUUCUAUGGAAUGCAAAUCUAUUAUCGUUGAACUUAAUCAAGCAGGGUUGAAGUCUUGCCAGAUUAAAAAGGCUAUUAAUGCAAUGAAAACUUCAGAUGAAGUUGAUGUUACUUCAAAGCAAUGUGUUGAUGUCUUAUCCGAGCAACGAAAACAAUACAGGGGAAAAGAGUUUUAUGGACUUAUAAAGCAUUUCCAAGAUAAAUCAUUAACGAACAAUGACCACUAUUUUGUCAUGGAUGUGUGUGAUGAUGGGUGUCCCCGAAAUAUGUUUUUGGCGGAUGGAAGAUCAAGAGAGGCUUAUACUAAGUUUGGAGAUGUUGUUGUGUUUGAUGUCACUUAUAUGACAAACAAAUACAAGAUGUCAUUUGCUCCCUUUGUAAGGGUGAAUCAACAUGGGCAAUCUAUACUUUUCGGCAGAGCAUUGUUAGAAAAUGAGAAAGAAGAAACAUUUGAAUGGUUAUUUGAGAAUUUCCUAAAAUGUAUGUUUGGCAAGUUUCCGAAGGCAAGUAUUACUGAUCAAGACAAAGCUAUGGGUAAUGCGAUAAAAAAAGUGUUUCCACAAACCCGACAUCGUUUUUGUGCAUGGCAUAUUAAAAAGCAUGAAUCUGAACACCUUCGCCCAUUUGUUGCUCGUUAUAGUGACUUUCAGGAAUCAUAUAGAGAUUAUGUGAACAGUGACACCAUUGAAGAAUUUGAAACCAAGUUUGAAGUUAUAUGUGUUGAGUCUCGAAGAGCCACCGAAGAAGAUGAAGACUUCAAGACCAUGAACUCGAGGGCCGUUCUUUCUUCUGUGCACCCAAUCGAAGCAAAAGCGGAUGAUUUAACGAUUCAGGAAAACCCUAAAGCAUUUGGAAAUUCUUCUCAAGGUUCUUCUAUGGGAAUUUCACAAGUUGAUUUGAUGGCUCAAUUUUCUGUCCGAGAUCCUAGUGGUUCAACUAAAACGAAAGGGCGUCCUAAAAAUGCAAGUAGAAUUAAGUCUUCAUUAGAAGUACCGAAAAAAAGAACGUGCUCUUAUUGUCAAGGAUUAGGUCAUUACGCCUCUAGUUGUUCAAAAAGAAAGGCUGAUGAAUCGUUGCAAGAGAAAGAUUAA